AUGUAUUCCCGGAGCAGCGCACGCGCGGCGAUGAGUGAUUUGUUGAACUCUCGCGGGACUUGGUGAAGCGGAGGACGCGCGUUACGUCUAGGCUCCGGGAGACACAACAAACAUGGAGGCAGCAAGAGCGACCGGAGUUGGGGGUGUCAGUGGCUGCAAAGUGCGGCGGAGUGCUCAACAAAUGGAACCCAAGUUAACUUAAAACUGUAAGACGCUGGUGACAGCAGGAGUGAAAAGGAAAGGUACACUGGAGAGGCAAUACUCAGAAAAGUGUAUUUCCAUAUAUGAUGGAACCUGCAUUUCAGGAGUGGAUUCUUGGUGUCCGUUUUAUUUAUCUGAAGCUGAUUAGGCUCAGUAAGGGAGAAUGUGCUUUAUCCUUUGUCUGAUAUCCUGAAGAAUUGUUCAGAAUGUUUUCUACAUGUUAGAAGAAUUCAGGCCCAAAACACAGUGAAGUUGUAGUGUGAAUAUGGGUGAAAAGAAACCAGAACCCUUGGAUUUUGUAAAAGAUUUUCAGGAAUAUCUGACUCAGCAGACUCACCAUGUGAACAUGAUUUCAGGCUCUGUUAGUGGGGACAAAGAAGCAGAGACUCUUCAAGGAGGGACCGAAGGCGAUCAAAAUGGUCUGGAUCAUCCUUCAGUUGAAGUCUCACUGGAUGAAAACUCAGGAGUGUUAGUAGAUGGGUUUGAAAGAACUUUUGACGGAAAAUUAAAGUGUCGAUAUUGUAACUAUGCCAGCAAAGGAACAGCUCGUCUGAUAGAACAUAUCAGAAUCCACACAGGUGAGAAGCCACACAGAUGCCACUUAUGCCCCUUUGCUUCAGCCUAUGAACGUCACCUAGAAGCUCAUAUGCGGUCGCAUACUGGUGAAAAACCUUAUAAAUGUGAAUUAUGUUCCUUCCGCUGUAGUGACAGAAGCAAUCUUUCUCACCAUCGCAGACGCAAACAUAAAAUGGUGCCUAUAAAGGGUACAAGGCCUUCCCUUAGUAGCAAGAAGAUAUGGGGGGUCUUGCAAAAGAAGACCAGUAACUUGGGAUACAGCCGAAGAGCACUAAUUAACCUGAGUCCACCUUCCAUGGUGGUUCAGAAGCCAGACUACCUUAAUGACUUCACCCAUGAAAUUCCAAACAUUCAGACUGAAGCAUACGAAAGCAUGACAAAGCCAACAGAGACUGGUGGGUUGCCAAGAGAUCCACAAGACCUUAUGGUAGAUAAUCCUUUAAACCAGCUAUCUACAUUAGCAGGACAAUUGUCAAGCUUGCCCCCUGAAAACCAAACCCCACCCUCUCCUGAUGUUGUACCAUGUCAAGAUGAAAAGCCUUUUAUGAUGCAGCAGCCUGCUGCACCAGCUGUCGCAGCUGUGUCCACCAGUAUUGCUCAGAGCUCCUCCCCUACAAGUCCUGAACCUCGUCCUGCACACACUCAAAGAAACUACAGUCCAGUGGCAGGUCCCAGCAGUGACCACAGUGCCCAUGCCAGUACUCCAAGCAUAAGUAAUAGUCAGCCAAGUACUCCUGCACCGACUCUUCCAGUUCAGGAUCCUCAGCUUCUCCAUCACUGCCAGCACUGUGAUAUGUAUUUUGCUGACAAUAUCCUUUAUACUAUUCACAUGGGAUGUCAUGGAUUUGAGAACCCUUUUCAGUGUAACAUAUGUGGUUGCAAGUGUAAAAACAAAUAUGACUUUGCUUGCCACUUUGCCAGAGGCCAACAUAACCAGCAUUGAUUGAAUACAAGUUACAUCAUGCUUUCAUUUAUUUGUGUGUUUAAGCACAUCGCUGUCUGUCUUGCUAACAGAGAGGUUGCUUGUUCUAUCUGAGGAAGCUGACUAAGCAAUUUUAACAUUGGAGGUAAAUUACUCUACAUGCUGACAUACUUUGUGGGAGACCUGCUUGUUAGUCAUGGUGGUGUUCCUUAUGUGGUUCCUGAAGUAAAAAAUAAGGCUUAUAGUGCAAUUACACACUUCUACAUGGAUCAUCAGUGCAACAUAAUGUGGACCUCUGGAUCAACCUUUGUAUCCAAGUACAACAGUCCUUUACAUCAAGCUGUGCCACAAAGUAACUCCAUUCCGCCAUGUUUAGUGCACUCAAAUAUGUUCAAUGUAAAAGCUUUACUAUUGUGUAUGAACUGGCUAUCUCUUAAGCUGCUACAAAGAAAAAAUAUGGUGGCAGCAUCCAGAAUGAAGUUUCACUGGAGAAUUGCAUUUCUGCAAGAGAUUCGCAACUUUGGUUAAUCCCUUUUCCUUUGCUGCCCCCUGAAAAUGUUUCUGAGGGCUGCAGAGGGAAGAGGAAGCAGUAACAAUUUUAUCCCCCCACCCCCCGACACAUGAGGGGUAUCUGCUUCUCUGAGUGGAACCUUAAUCUGAUGCUGUCCCUUGUCUACAACUGAACCUAAAAUCUGGCAAAAAUUAACUUGUGGGGCCUUUAAAGCAACUUGGUUACUUACUAUUACCCAAUGUAGAAAGUUAGAAGGAUAGCAACUUCUUAAAUUAGAUACAUAAUGUGAAAUAGGCCACAAAGACACCUACUUUCCAGUACUACUGACCUGUUUAAGAAAUACAUGGAAAUAGUGCCUAGUGUUAUAUGUCUGUAAUUCUUAAAACUGUUCAAAAAGAAAAGCUUGGAACAAAAAUGGGAAAUGUUUUAAAAUGACAUACCGUCAUCCUAAUGCUUAACUUCCAGUGCAUUACAAAUGACUUCAUUGCCUUUAAAUACUGACAAUGUGUACUGUCUUGCCUUCAGUUCUUGGCAUAUUGCACACCUGGGCAGCAGCAUCUUUUGAUGGAAACUAAGCUGUAAGGAGAAUACAGGUUGCUGCUGAGCCAUUUAUAUUUAGCAUGGGUCAGCUUAAGUAUGAAAAAUUAAUGCAUUUCCUUUCGGAAAUUUGAGUCCUGUAAGCAGGAGUUGACAUAACAUGGGUGCAUUGUUUUUGUUCUGGCCAUGACAAAGGAAGACACAGAAGUGAAGAAUCGCUAUGAUUAAUUGCCAUGGAUGAAUACUAUAAAAUAUUUUGUAGUCAACUGUUCUUUUUCUCUUUUUGCUACUGUAUACCUUAACAUUGUACCUAGGAAAGCAAAUAGGCACUUUAAAAAAAAAGUAUGCUAGCAACAUACAUGGAUGCUAGCUUAUGGCACAGGAGUCCUUAACGUUUUAGAAAAAAAAACACUUACUUUGAUAUGCACUUUUAUUGUAUAUCUUUUUUAUUUCACAGGAAAUAAGAGAAGACUCUAUACUGCUGUCUUUUGCAUAACAAGUUAUUAUGCACAUUCUGAUUUCAGAUAUGAUAGAGUGCAUUUAUUAAACUGUUCCAUGCCCUUAACUACAUGCUUCUGUGUGAAGUGUCUGGUACAGGACUUUUCCUCUUCAGAUCUUUUGGAAAGAUGGGUAGUCUUCUAACAGCUGCUUCCAAUGGCCAAAAUAGUAGCACAAGUUAGAAAAACCUAUAUUUAUCCUAGUCAGUUUUUUUUUCUUCCAAGGGUGGUAGUGGAAGGACUAAAUUCCAUUGCAGCCUGACCAUGUGUUGUGCAGGUUUAUAGCAUUGUAUGUUAGUGGCUCAUUUGGAGUUCUGUUGGUGCAAAAGAGGACAUCAAUGCUGCUGUACCAGUGAUUUCCUCCUGCUGUUGCAGUUGUGUUGCUGUGCUACACAACAACCUAAUGUAUAAUAAAGAAGCAGGGAGAUAUGUUCCCUUUUUAAACAGCUUGGAGCCAGGCGCAGUAUUCUAUUCAAGCAGAAUAAGCCACUGUUGGCAGUGAUAUGGAUCAACCAUAUUAAGGGGCUCAGACUUCCAAUCAGUCUGUGGGGGAAAUUCCUUUGUCUUAACUCAAAAUGAGUCUCCGCAAGCAGCAACAUUCUAAAAUGUUAAUUCCAUUUUUCAAAAUUUCUGUAGCUACCUUUCUCAAAGCUAAUAUUCAGGAGCUCAAUGAUCUUAUGUAAUUCAAUGUUUGGAUUUUAUACAGAAGUUUCAAACAAUGUUCCUUCUAAUUUUUUCCAUCUGUGUGUCGAAUGAGUUUUGUUCCGGGCAGCAGUAUCAAGGCAGUGUGCACACACAUGCAUUCAGAGUGGGGCAUUCCUGGUUCAAGCUGAGUGGGGUCUAAAGUUAAUUGAGUGGACAUAAAAAAAAACCCUGUGUGCUCACACACCCACCCACACCUUAGCGGGAAUACUGGUAUCAAACAGAAUAUGCUUGGAAUUUUUUCCUGAGUCACUAGAACUUUAUACCACUGAUUAUCAUUGUCUUGUAGCUCUCUAGUGAGAUAGUGGCUGACAUACUGAGGAAAAAUUACUCAAAGUGGUCCCUUUGAAAAAAAACAGUAGGUUCAUUAGGCUAAUUUCAAUGGGACUACUUUGAAUAACUUUCCUCAGUGCAGCAGCUAUGUGUAUCACUAUAGUGCAGGAGAUGCUGAAUUGACUAACAGUUAAAUAAAACUUGCUUUUGUACAGCUUCCUAUGUUGUAGCUGCAUCACCUUGAUGGCAGUUGUCAUCUAUGGGUACAAUCAGAUUGUGUUAGCUUGUAGGGUGAUCUACACCAAUGUUUUCAAUGUUUUUGGAGUCAUGGACCGAUACAUCCUUUGUGUACGGUUUCCAGGACCAGCAGUUAGUAAAGGGGUCGCCCCACCCUUGCCCCCAUCUCCAAGCACCCCCAAAACAAUUUCAAGCCAGGUGGGGCACCACCACUGGAAGCUCUCUAGAGCUCCUUUCUAGGCAGGCAGCCCUUGCUACUGGGACAACACUCAUUUAGCUUCCUCGAAAUUAUCUUAGCAGUGAGGGCUGCCUGCCUAGAAAUGAGCUCUGAAGAGCUCCCAGCUGUGGGGGGAUUAAUUCCUCAUGGACCAGCACAGACUGGCACUGGUCCACUGACUGGUGGUUGAGAAACACUGAUCUACACAUUUACGGUGCUCUAGUUUCUGCCUCCUGGCAGAUUUGUGCCAAAGCCAAUGUAAACCAGCCAUCCUGAGGAAAAAGACAAGCAGUCUGACAUAGUGUAAAGAUAGUAAGGGAAGAAGAGUAAAAGGCUUACCUACAUGACUAUGUUGAUGUGUGGGGGCACUGUCCCCACCUUCUCUGACUUCUUGCCAAAUCCUGGCUGCUGCUAAAGACAGGCUGCUUUGUAGUAAAUUCAGUAGAAAUGAAAAAUAUAUUUAGAACUGAGGACAUAAGUAUAAAUGGGAACCAGCUUUUGGGGGGCACUGAUUUCUGCCUGUCCCAUAGCUUAGUAUCACAAGACCCGUUAAGAAGAGGCCUUGUGCUCACUGCUAUUACUACAGAGAGAGCUUUCAGCCAAAGUGCUAUGAAGACAGACCCAAUCUAACACACAAUCGAAGCUGGGAUAAAAUGCAGACAGAACUGCAAAUGACUUCAACUAGUAGACAUAAUGUCCCUCCCAAAUGCUCAAGAAUAUCCCCCAAAUGCUCAAGAAUUCACAGGUGUUUGGCUUGGCAGACAGCAUACUGGGUAUACUACCCGCUUUACUGGUUCUAUUUGCAAAAGUAAGGGCAGGAUAUAGCACUCUGUACUGUAGCUGGUAUUUAAGGAUCCAUCCAUUUAACAAGUGUGCAAGAUUGGAAGCUUCACAUUGUGCCAAAGAACAUGCAAAGUCUUACAAACUAACUGCAAAACGGAAGACUAUUUUCUCUUGUGUUAAUGGCCGACACCCACAGCAGCAUUCUGAGGAGACAGCAAGAGCUGUGUCCUCACAGCAACAAGCUGCUGUUAAUGCAGCCAGUGACCUCCCAAGCAGUAGAGCACAUGCACAGGGGGAGGAGAUGAUUGUUACUGAUCUCCCCUGUCGCCAGAAGUGCUCUUGUCUUUCAGAAAUAUGGCCCUGAGGGCUGCAUAACCUGUAUUUCUGAAAGGCAAAAUGCACUUGUGGAAGCCAUGGAGAUAGCGAAAGUCACACCCACCCCACACAUCCCAAUACUGAAUGUGUUCUCUGCUGCUUGGAAAGCCUCCAACUUCAAGGAUGCCUCCUCUUUCUGUGUCCUUUGUGCACUGCCCUGAGUGUUGGCCACUGUUCUUUUGUAUGCUCUUGAAAGGAAUCUCUACAUAUUUUCCAGUUUAAACCCAAUUAGAAGCUACAGUCCUUACACCAGACACCUUCACGAACAGGGCUUUCUGUUAAAGCACAGAAAACUAGCUACACUGAGGAUCAGGCCAAAAUAAACGUCUCUGUUUAAUCUCUAUUACUAUCACCUUGUUAAACGUUACAAGCAACUUUCUUGAGUUAAAUUACCAGGAAGUUUAACUUCUCUGCAGGAGCAUUCAUAUGAAAUCCAGUUCAUAACCCACAUUUUCUGAAGCUGCUCAGCUGACUUCAGCAGCACUAAUAGAUGUAUUGCUGUCUUACUAGAUUGCUCUUUAGCAUAUUUAAGACAUGCUAUUUAUAGUACCUAAAUAGGACUGACAACUUUUGUAGACAAGAGCAUUACAAGCAGAAUAUAGAUGUAAGGAAAAUUUUAUUAUUUACAAUUAAUAGACAACACAUCGACAGGUAUAAGGCAGCUAAAGUGAAGCCUUUUAAAAAUCAAUCAAUCUGAGUGGGGGGAAAGCACCUGCUUGGCUUGCCCAUUGCAUCCAAUUGGACUGAAAAGUGCUCUCCUUUGGAUGGAUUCCUUAUACAUAUGUUCUCUGUAAUGGCACCCUAGCAAUUUUAUUCCUAUUUAACAUAAUGGCAGUACUGGAAAGGAAGUGUUUAGCCUUGUUUCACUUACUGUUUUGCCACAUUCUGUUAAAUGUUAUUAGUUUGUUUUAUUUUUGACAAAGAGAAUGUAACUUGGAAAAAUGUGCCAGCAAAGUUUUGUCUUAGUUUAAUAAACUGGUGUAAAAAAAAAAAAAAAAUGUAGACAGACUUUUUACUGCAAAGCUAUUCCCUGCAGAAGCACCCCCUCCCCACAACUGAGUACUCUUGAUACAUAUCCUUUUAAGACCUACUUUGUUAAUAGGUAUUCUGGUGUAAAGAACAUUAUUUUGUAUGACAAGAUGAAACCUGAGAGUUGAAGAAUACAUUCUAAUGUGUAGCAACGCUCUUUCCAGAAAGGCAAAUUAAUUCUAUUUAGUGUAAUUAAUAUUGUGAAAAGGGUUUUUUUGUUAAACAAAUAAAUAAAAUAACAUUUUCUAA